AUGUCUGCAUCGCCGAUGCAAGGUUGCCCAUGCCACGCCCCAGGCGAUGAUCCCGCAGACCUUACAACUCUGCAUCAAGCAGCUUUUCAUCAAAACAAUCGACGGCUAGAAGACCUUUUGCAAAGCGGCGCUGAUACAUCCGCUACGCAAACGCCACGCGACUUCACACCUCUUCACUGCGCGGUCCAGUUCGGCGACGAGAAAGCCGUGCAGUUACUCAUUGACGCUGGCUCAAACGUCUCUGCAGCAAGCUAUGAUGGAGUCACUCCAUUGCACAACACGUCUGCCGGUGGAGAUGUGAAGAUCACCGAAAUGCUCCUAAAGGCGGGAGCGAAUGUUGGCAGUCGUAAUAUCGAUGAAGAAACGCCCCUCCACGUCGUCUCAUUGUUUGGGGAGACACGAAUUGCAAAGCUUCUCAUAGAUGCUAGAGCAGAUGUUUCGGCAAAGGAUUGCUACGGCAACACAGCUUUGCAUAUUGCUGCAGCUCAUGAGCACACUGAGAUUAUCUAG